AGCAGCGAAUGGAGGUGAAUUUUGUGAGUUUCAAACGCCGACCGCGUUAUCUGUGACAAAGCUAAAAGUGAAAUCGUGCAAAGCGGACCAUCAACAGAGAUAAAUAUUUAACUACAGCAUCAGAGUUUUGUUACCAUAAACACAGUGCCAAUUAUAAGUUAUUACAUUAUUUACGGCUAUGCGACUAGUACAAAUUCCAGGCGAUGUAGCAUGAACUUUGCUUUAAAUUUGUUUUGAAUCAACGAGAAUUAUAAUUUGCUAAAUGGCUUAAGCAUUCAAUUAAACAACUACAGUGGUGAAGUGAAGCUUUAAUGACUGUAACUAAUGUAAAAUAAAGUUAACAGUUUGAAUAUUUAAACGAGUGUACAUUUCGUGGCCAUAUUUUAUUUGAAACUUAUGUGCAUUAACUAGACAGUGGCACCAUGAGUGCUGCAUUUGAAGAAGGGUCACGCAUAGUGAACGCUGCAGAUAAAUUGGAUACCGCCAAUGGAAAAGCCAUUGAAAAAGGUCAGCCGCCGUGUACGGGGUAUGAAGAAGGGAAUUCUAAAAGCAGUGAGAAAGAGCAAUACGCAGUUCAUACGACCAUUAACAUUGAUGAGGACCAGAAGAACCAUAUUAAUGAAAACCAUCAACAAAGGUGCAGCAAUGGAAUGAAACCAAACCACUCCACAAUACUUACAAAACAACAACACACAACUUGUAAAGCGCAUUCGAAGACCAAACAGAGAAUACUUGUAACGCUUACAAUAAGCAUAACAGUAACUGUUGUUGUGCUGCUGUGGUAUUUCUUCGGUUGGCUGAGCGGCGUGCCGGCAAUGUUCGCUGCUAUAUUUGUUAUGAUGUUGGUGAUAGUAGGAUGGCGUUGGUUCUAUAUUGCCGCCAUGACGUCCAAACGUGAUAUUGUUGCAUUGUGUGCCUACAUACGGCUGCUUUUGCUUAUAAAGAGAUGUGAGCGAAGGAAUUUAUCCAUAGGCGAUAUAUUUCAAAAGAAUGUGGAAAACCAUCCUGAUAAACUGGCCAUUAUUAGCGAGACACAGUCGUGGACAUUUCUACAACUAAAUGAGUUCUCCAAUCGAAUUGCCGAUAUAUUUAACAGUCACGGCUAUAAAAAAGGUGAUGUGGUUGGUUUAAUGUUGGAAAAUCGCGCAGACUACAUUGGCCUCUGGUUGGGUCUCUCAAAAUGUGGGAUCAUAACCGCUCUUAUCAACACCAACUUGAAGGGACCAUCAUUGCUGCACAGCAUCACAGUGGCUAAAUGCGCAGCUCUUAUAUAUGGUGAAGAUUUUGUUGAUGCAAUUGAAAGUAUAGCGACUGAUAUUACUGCAAAAUUCUACCAAUUUAAUAAUGAAAUAAGUAAGCCAGUAAGACAUUCAGCAGAGGACUUGGCCACUUUGCUACACUCAUCUACACACGACAAUCCGCUACCCAGCUCAGCGCAACAUCCAAAUCACCACGAUAAAUUGAUGUACAUUUACACCUCUGGCACAACUGGCUUACCAAAAGCGGCAGUAAUUUCUCAUUCAAGAUAUAUAUUCAUUGCAGCUGGUAUUCAUUACGCUCUGAAUUUUAAAAACAAAGAUGUAUAUUACACCCCGCUACCACUGUACCAUACAGCUGGUGGCGUUAUGAGUAUGGGGCAGGCCUUACUUUUUGGCUCUACUGUUGUUAUUCGGAAAAAAUUCUCAGCUUCGGGAUAUUUUGCUGACUGUGUUCGUUUUAAUUGCACGAUUGCCCAAUACAUAGGCGAAAUGGCCAGAUAUAUCUUAGCCACACCACCGUCUGAACUCGACCGAAAGCACAAAAUUCGUAUGGUCUUUGGCAAUGGUUUGCGUCCGCAAAUUUGGCCACGUUUUGUGGAACGCUUCAAUAUUCCAAAAGUGGGCGAGUUCUAUGGUGCCACUGAGGGCAAUGCCAACAUAAUGAACAAUGACAAUACUGUCGGCGCCAUUGGCUUUAUUUCUCGCAUAAUUCCACAAAUAUAUCCAAUAUCUAUUAUAAAAGCUGAUCCAGAUACGGGUGAACUCAUUCGUGGCGCAGAUGGUUUUUGUCAACGCUGUGAACCAGGCGAGUGCGGAGUAUUUAUUGGCAGAAUCAUAAAAGGCAAUCCCUCUCGCGAGUUUCUGGGAUAUGUGGAUGAGAAUGCCUCAACGAAGAAAAUUGCGCGCGAUGUAUUUAAAAAGGGUGAUAUGGCAUUUCUCUCUGGUGAUCUACUGACGUCUGAUGAACGCGGUUACCUAUUCUUUAUGGAUCGGACAGGCGACACAUUUCGUUGGAAAGGAGAAAACGUAUCAACUAGUGAGGUAGAAGCGCAGGUUAGUAAUGUUACCAGCUAUAAGGACACAAUUGUCUACGGCGUAACGAUACCGCAAACAGAGGGAAGAGCUGGAAUGGCUGCCAUUUACGAUCCAGAGCGGCAGGUAGAGCUUGAGCGUUUCACAGAGGAUAUAUCUAAGAUGCUGCCUGCGUAUGCUAGACCGCAAUUCAUAAGAUUUUUAACUAAAAUUGAUCUCACUGGCACAUACAAAUUGCGCAAAGUUGAUCUGCAAAAAGAAGGUUACAACCCUAAUGUUAUUAAGGAUGCUCUUUAUUAUCAAACGAAUUCAGGGCACUAUGAAUUACUUACUAGUGAAAUUUUUGAAAAAAUAAACAGAGGGGAAAUUCGAUUUUAGUUAAAAAAUUCAGCUAGUUUCAUAAGCAAAUACGCACAUAUUUUCCAUUGUUCUCAAAU